CCCAGAGAUUGGGUUUCAUGCUUUGUGCACGUGUUGCCUGCUCAGUUAAUUAUGUUCUUCGGAUUCUGCUCCCCACAUUAUUUUGCCUGCAAGCUGUGAUAUCUGCAAGACCUACAACAUGGCCCACAUGUGUGUGUGAGGCUGCCUGCUGUCAAGUCUGCUGCCCAUCAGUGAAGCCAUGCUGCGCUCGUGGCGCUGCCUGUGGUCGGCCAGCGCCCGGUUACCAGCCACCCGCCGGCUCUGCACCGCCAUCCCAGAGCAGGAGUACGACGUGAUCGUUAGCGGCGGCGGCAUGGUCGGCCUGGCCAUGGCGGCCGCGCUGUGCACGGACCCCGUGCUGCGCGACUACCGCGUCACGCUGCUGGAGGCCGGGCCGGCGCCGCCACCGGCAGCGGCCCUGCCGGCCGAGUUCAGCAACCGAGUGUGCGCACUCAGCCCGGCCACGCGCCGCCUGCUGGAGCGGCUGGGUGCGUGGGAGCGACUCGAGCGGUACAGCACCACGCAGCACAUGCAGGUGUGGGAGUCGCGCUCCGACGCCAUGAUCCGCUUCGAGAACCUCGAGCGGCCUGAGGACCUUGCCUACAUCGUCGAGAACGAAGUGAUCACGCGCGCGCUGUCCGCCGCGCUGGCGGCCGCCGGCGGCGAGGUGGCGUACGACGCGGCCGUGGAGGAGAUCGCGCUGCCGCCGGCCGGCGCCGCGCCGGGGGAGGACGCCGUGCGCCUGCGCCUGGCCGACGGCCGCCGCCUCAGCUGCUCGCUGCUGGUUGGCGCCGACGGCGUCGGCUCGGCCGUGCGCCGCGCCAUGGGCGUGCGCACGCUCGGCUGGAGCUACGGCCAGCGCGGCGUAGUGGCGACGCUGUGCCUCGCCGACGCCGACCUCGCCAACAACGUGGCCUGGCAGCGGUUCCUGCCGACGGGGCCGCUGGCGCUGCUGCCGCUCUCCGACACGCGCAGCUCGCUCGUCUGGAGCACGUCCGACGCCGAGGCGCGCCGCCUGCUCGCGCUCUCCGACGACGACUUCGUGGACGCGCUGAAUCGCAGCCUGUGGGACGAGCACGAGGCGGCGCCGGCCGUGCAGUGGGCGGCGGACGCGGCGCGCGGCCUGCUCGGCGCGCUCGGUCUGCGCGCCCCGUCGGGCCCGCUACAGCUGCCACCAUCCGUGGCCGGCGUCGUGCCCGGUAGCCGCGCCGCCUUCCCGCUGGCGCUGCAGCAUGCCGAGGCAUACACGGCGCGGCGUGCCGUGCUCGUCGGCGACGCGGCGCGCCGCGUGCACCCGCUCGCCGGCCAGGGCGCCAACCUGGGCUUCGGCGACGUGACGGCACUGGCGGCGGCGCUGGCGGCGGCGGCCAGCUGCGGCGCCGACCUGGGCGCGCGCCGCCACCUGGCCGAGUACGAGACGGUGCGCCAGCGCGCCAGCGCGGCGCUGCUGACGCUCACCGACGGCCUGCAGCGGCUGUACGGCACCGAGGCGCUGCCGGCCGUGCUGCUCCGCUCCGUCGGCCUGCAGGUGUGCGACGCCGUGCCGCAGGUGCGCCGCUUUCUCAUGGACCGGGCGCGCGCCUGAGCGGCUCGGGGGCCGCCGGCCGCCGCCGGGCGAGGAGCGAUGACGCCUCGUGUUGGUGAGACCCCGCGUGUUUCUGGUGGGCGGCAGGGAUUGUUGGUCGUUCCUUCCGGCCCGGUUUGUGGGCCUGGUGGGCGAGCCGGCCAGGUCACGUGAGAGGUCAUCCGUGUGCCGCUUGCGGGCUGUUUGCGUGAGCUGUUCUCAGCUUGCGACUGAUCGGAGUGACUAGAUGCCGCAAAACCUUGGCCGAUUCGUGAACCGCUCAAUCGUUUUUAGUCACGGUCGUCACCGCUGGGCACUGCUGAAUGAGUGCCUUUGCAUCUCACAAAGCAGAUGAACACGCAUGGGGUUCUCUUGGCAAUGGGAUGAGUGAUCCGAAUCAGCUUUUAGUUGCAUUCGUCGGCGUCCUGUGUGCUUCAGCUGUACACACUUUGGUGGCUGUUGCUGUUAACUUUGUGUCACUGAUUGCGUGAUAAUAUAUGCGUGUUCUCGGUA